AUCAACUUCUUCUGGCUCCAUCAUCCCAUUCGCAGAAGAAACAACAGGAAAACGUUUGCACUCAAGACAGUACUCACGCACAUUUCUUGACAUGGACUCCUCCGUUUGACAGAGAAUGGCGACUCCUCGUUUCGCACUCCGCUGAAUGCGCGCCUCCUCUGCGUACAAACCUUCCUCCCGCUCCUCCCUGCUCCCUAUUUCGAAGUCGCUGUGCUGUUCGUCAUGGCGACUACCAAACCCCCCUACGACCCAGUAAAGACGGUCGAGGGCAUGUUUAUGGGCUCAGUGACCCGCAUUGCCUACGCCGUGAAAGAUCCCUUGAACUACGCGCAGUCCACAAAAGCGGUGCUCGCCGAAACCGCCAAAAAGUUCCAGGACGCCUUGGAUGACUGCGAGGUCCAGAUCCUCGAAGCGAAAUGGUACCUCGAACGCCAAUUGGCCUUGAACAAGACCCGACGUGAGACAAAAGCAAGAGAAGACAGUGCAGCAAGCGCGAAAAGGAAACGCGACGAGUCCAAGGAAGCACAAGAGACGGCGCAAAUCGCGGACGGCGAAAAUGCUCCCAAGCGCGUCAAGACACAAGAGCCUGAGAGUCCGGUGCAGCCGCAGCCAAAGGCCCAACAGCCUUCUCCAGCGCAGAAGCCAGCUCCUCCGCCGACGGUCGCGGCAAAUACCAAUGCGGCGCAUUCCCUUGCUGGGUCAGCAGAGAAGAACCCCACACCGAAACCGCCAGAUAAACCCAAAGUCUCCGUGACUACAGAUAUCAAGUCAUCGCAACCAGCUGUCGUACCAGCUUCUAGGCCUCAGGAGAAGCCACCCGAGACAGCGCAGCCACCCGAGAGUACAAUGACACAGACAACCACGGAGGAGUUUCCCAAGCCGACUCCGCAAGACACUCCAGCCGAGGCCAACGAGGCUUUCAACUUUGAAUCCAUGUUUGGAGAACCAUCAGCAGACAUGAUGGACGGGUCCAACAACGACAUGAAUUUCGACCUUGACAAUCUCGGUGACGGAUUUGGAGCUGACCCUUCGAAUCUCAACAUGCAACACGACGCUUCUCUGAGCUCUCUUCUGCCCGGCCUCGAAUCAUACGCAAACCAGGCCGGCGCUGAUGCGAAUUUUGGCAUGCCUGGGUCUACAGUAAACGGACUACCUCCCACUAACGCGACCUUCUCAAGUGGUAUUGGAGGAUCGAUGGGCGCCGACAAUAACAUUAACAACACCCAAUUUCAACACCAGCAGCCAGCCAAUGUCAGUGUUAAUGACUUUGGCUUACCAGCCUUGGGUCCUAAUGAGUUCGACGAUUUCCUGAAUGCCAACGCCAUGAACUUUGACGAGAAUGUCGCGCUAGGCAAUGACAAUAUAAACAAUUUGGAUAACAUGGAGAACAUGGAAUUCGAUUUUGAAAGCAUGUUCAAAUGAGGAAAGCUGUCGCAUUUAAGCGGGACUCGGACCUGAAAUCGUACCGAAACAAAACUUAUGGGUACUUGAGAUGGCUAUGUCAAUGGGCUUCUAAGUCGUGGUUUCUCGCUGCCUGGGUUAAAGGUGGGCAUCUGUACAACAUGCUGGUUUGAUGACUGCGCGCCUCUCUUCCGAAGGCGCAGGUGUGGAUCUGCCGUAUCAGUGAAGGGAACCUGGUGUUUUUUGUCUGCUUGGUGUUACAAGAGAGCUUCAGAGCUGCGGUUCGUCGACUAUGCGACUCGGGCUGUACCUUGGAUGCGACUAUUGAUGGUCCUGAUGCUGCCUUGACCUUGAGCGACCGGGUUAUGGCUAUGGCUGUAACCGUCAUGCUUUUUAGUAUUCUUCAAAGAUACCCAGGAUAGGGCUUGUUUAAGUCAGGAGUUUGAUAGCGGUGCAAGGAAGAAGCAACGGAGUAGUCAUGCACCUAAACCAGUUCAGAUUCAGAAAUUCGCCUCUGAUCAUCAUUAUGAAGGUGAUACAAACGCA